AUGAAAUUGCAAAAUCUCGCCGUGCUUUCAUUGGCGGGCUCCGCCUACGCCGCUAUAUCAGUCUCGAAAAAGUGGUUCCCACUUACGCGAAAAGGCGAGAUUCCAACCAUCGAACCUUACGUGGAAGGCCAAGACGUUUUCAUUGACUGCAUUUCUAGAAACAUUGAUACCGGUGAACAUAAGUUCGACAGCAAUGAUCGGAUCGUGUACACAGCAUUCCCAACGUGUAAGGAGACCGGGAAACCACUUACUUUCCAUUAUGGAGUCCUGGAGGAUUUAAACUGUACGGUUGUAUUCACUGAUGAGCUCUACCACUUGUUUCAGCUUUACAUACACGAAGAUGCACCAUUCAGUUGCCGUAUUCCGCUCAGUACCGAGGCAAACUACAUGGAACUGGGUGGUGCAACCAUUCCUUUGACAUUCAACUUCCGUGGAGAGGUGCGCGAUUCACACUUGAAUGUUGAUCCAAACUUGAAUGUUUUCUUCACCAAGCCAGGCGGUAAGAAGCCCGAACAACAGUCCUUUAUCAGUGCUGUUGCAUGGUCUUCAAGUACCAAUGCAACUCGUGUGAUCAUCGGUGAUUCUUUGACUUUACAUAUGGCCGUGAGAUGGUUUGAUGAUUUGAAGAACGCUGGCUCGCUUUCUCCCGAUGGGGACGGCCUUCCAUAUGCGGAUGGUUUCUACAAAUUGCCAUUAAACUCGAUUCCGAUCUCAUACAACCAAUACGCAUUCACUUUGAUAAUGGUUGCGGUGAUUUCAUUUGUCGUUUCGUUCGCAGUCAGCACGAGGUUCAGAAAGCGCAAGUCGUUCCACGAUCGUGAGUCCGACUUUGGCAAAAAAGACUAA